AUGGGCAAACCAUUCUCCAGCCACCAGUCGACACCCGAUCCCGAAGGCUGCGCGCAGAUCGACGUUAUCGCGAGACACCUAGACACCCAGGACGCGGAGACCGUCCUCUGCAAGGGCACGCGGGACGAGUACGUCUCCGCCGAGCUCGGCUUCGACCCGAAGCUUCAAGAACAGGCCUUUCGCUUUGUUAAGUCGGACCACCGGAUCGAACAAAGUCUGCGUCGCACCCACGCCUGGAUCCGCAUCGCCGGCGUGGGGCUUUCCUUCUUUCCCCAUCAGCUCUACGGCGCCUUCUGGCUCCUCGUCUACGAACGAGGACCGCGGCGAGGGGCGAUGCUGGCCGACAGCAUGGGACUCGGUAAGACCACCACGGCGUACCUGUACAUCCUCCUCAACCAUCUCCUAGCCGACAAUCUGAACCACAUCCGUCGACAUCCCCUGAUGCACUGCCAGCCCUCCACCGUCGACCGUCCGCAAGCACACGACGCGCGCUGCCCCAUUUCACACUUCUUCGGCAUCGAGUGCGCCUGCCAGGAGUCGUCGGUGGCCUUCCAGCUCGGCCUGACGGCACGGAAUGGCGCGUCGCUGAUAUUCGUCCCCGCGGGACUCGUCGGGCUCUGGGAGUCGGAAUUUGGCAAGCUGGGUCUGGCGCGACACCUGGGCCUCCGCCUCUACAUCCAGCACCGCAACUUCACGUCUCGGAGAAUCCCCCACUCUCCUACCACGAGUGGGUGCGUCAGUACUGCGGCCACGGCCGACGAGGGCGUGGUCGCGGGGAGUCUGGCGCCACAGGACACCGCGGUGUCGCUCUACCGGAUCCUCGAGGCCCUCGUGCACGACGUCAAGGAACCGCCCAACUUCGUGGCGUUGACGGGGACGCCCAUGCUCAGGAACGGCGUGAGAGACAUGGUGGCGUUGGUCCACGUCAUUAACCAGGUCUCCCCCGCGCUCAGAGGCCACCCCGACUUCACGGACUUUUCGCAGCUCUCCCAGUUACAACGGAUCGCAGACGACUUCCUCCACAGCCAGACAGGCCCGCGUGGCGGUUCAGACCUCGUCGUGGCCACGGUCCACCGCCUCCUCGGGGCGUACUGCAUCCGCCGCCACGCACAGUCGUUCCAGAACGGUAAGACGCUCGCGCACAUUCCUCCGCUCGUCUGCUACGAGGUCUCCUGCCCCCUCCCUGCGGGCGACGGCGCGCAGUAUGUUCGUGACGCGGAGUCCAUGCUGAAGAAGAGGUUGUCGAAGACGCUCCGGUCGCAACUCGACCGUUGGCAGACCGAAGGGGGGUCCACGGCCGACUUUCGAGUCGACCUGGGUCUGUUGCUGGAGAACGUGCGUAUAGCGCGGCUCCUAGCGUCCUUCCCCGCCUUAGCCCGGUACGGGCCUCGAUGUAAUCUGACCUGGAACGGGAUUAAAAGCAACGAAGCCAGCAGCGGUAAGUUACAGGCGCUGCGACGGUUCAUCGACCUGUGGAGGCCGACUCGGAGCUACGACGGUCUGGCUGAGGGCCUCGUCGUCAUUAGCGAGUUCACGAUGGUGUGUCACGUCGUCGACUGCUUUCUGACGGCGAUGGGCGUGCCGUGCGUCUGGCUGCACGUCGACACCGGCAAGCAGCGACAGGAGCUGGUCGACGCCUUCCAGUCGCCCCUAGCCCAUCCCCACGUUCCACCAUUCCGCGUCAUCAUCGGCACGUCCCAGAUCAUCGGGCAGGGCCUCACCCUCACGCGAUCUCACCGCACUAUCCUGAUGGAGCCCAGCCGUCACGCCGCCGUGGAGGCACAGAACGCGGACCGGACCCAUCGACUGGGGAGCCAGACCGACAAGUGUCGCUUCUACCGCUUCGUCAACCCCGCUUCGGGCAUCGAACGGUUUCUCGUGGAGUCGCAGGAGAGGCAACGGGACCUACAUCACGGCAUCGAAUGGCUGGCGGCGGUAUCGCGUCUUCCCUCAGACGGAGGUAACGAGGAACUCGAGCUGAAAGACGGAUGA